AUGUCUUUAACUGCUGACGAGUAUAAGCAACAAGGUAACGCCGCGUUUGCUGCAAAAAAAUAUGAAGAAGCCAUCGAAUUAUUUACCAAGGCUAUUGAAGUUUCUGAAACCCCAAACCAUGUUUUUUAUUCCAAUAGAUCCGCCUGCUAUGCGUCUUUGAAAAAAUUUAAAGAAGCUUUAGCUGACGCCAGUGAAUGUGUUAAGAUCAAUCCAUCUUGGCCGAAGGGUUAUACAAGAAUAGGUGCUGCCCAUUUGGGUUUGGGUGAUCUUGAUGACGCUGAGAGUAAUUAUAAGAAGGCUUUAGAAUUAGAUCCUUCCAAUAAAAUCGCCCAAGACGGAUUAGACCAAGUUAAACGUGUUCAAGAUGCAAGAAUGCAACAACCGGAUAUGGGAUUAACUCAAAUAUUCAACGAUCCCAAUUUGAUUGAAAAGUUAAAGCAAAAUCCAAAAACCUCUGAAAUGAUGAAUGAUCCUGCUUUAGUUGCCAAAUUAAUUCAAUUCAGGAGUAACCCACAAGCUUUAGCCGCUGAUCUAAUGAAAGACCCAAGACUUAUGACCAUUAUGGCCACUUUAAUGGGUAUUGAUUUGAAUAUGCCAGAUUUAUCUCAAUCUAAUUCAAUGCCAAAACAAGAAUCUAGUGAACCUAAGAGUGCUCCGGAAAACACUACUACUGCUACAACUUCAACAGAAGGGUCCAGCACUAAGAAGGAUGAAGAAUCUAAACCAUCUGAGGAACAAGAACAGGAACCAGAACCAAUGGAAGUUGAUGAAGAGGAAAAGAACAAAGUUGCUGCAGAUGAAGCAAAAUUGGAAGGUAAUAAAGCAUACAAGGCACACAAAUUUGAUGAAGCCAUUGAAUUUUACAACAAAGCAUGGGAUCUUCACAAUGAUAUAACCUAUUUGAAUAAUCGUUCUGCAGCUGAAUAUGAAAAAGGUGACUAUGAAACAGCUAUCAAGACAUUAGAGGAUGCAAUUGAGAAAGGUAGGGAAAUGAGAGCUGAUUAUAAAGUUAUUGCUAAAUCUUUUGCUCGUAUAGGUAACUCUUAUGUUAAAUUAGGCGAUUUAAAAAGUGCAAUCACUUAUUAUCAAAAGUCGUUAACCGAGCAUAGAACUGCUGAUAUUUUAACCAAAUUGAGAAACACUGAGAAGGAAUUGAAAAAGAAAGAGGCUUUAGAAUAUAUUGAUCCAGAAAAGGCUGAGGAAGCUCGUCUACAAGGUAAAGAAUACUUCACAAAGGGUGACUGGCCAAAUGCAGUCAAAGCUUACACUGAAAUGAUUGCUAGAGCACCUGAGGAUGCUAGAGGUUAUUCUAACAGGGCUGCUGCUUUGUCUAAGUUAAUGUCAUUCCCAGAUGCCAUUGCUGACUGUGACAAGGCUAUUGAAAAGGAUCCAAAUUUUAUUAGAGCUUAUAUUAGAAAAGCUACUGCCCAAAUUGCUGUCAAAGAGUAUGCUUAUGCUUUAGAGACUUUGGAUCUUGCAAGAAGUAAAGAUGCUGAAGUGACUAAGGGUGCCAACAGUAGAGAAAUUGACCAACUAUAUAUGAAGGCAGCUAGCCAAAGAUUCCAACCUGCCAGUCAAGAUGAAACCCCAGAACAAACAUAUGAAAGAGCUAUGAAAGAUCCAGAAGUUGCCAAAAUCUUGGCAGAUCCUGUUUUGCAAAGUAUUUUACAACAAGCCCAAAAUAACCCAGCUGCUUUACAAGAGCAUAUGAAGAAUCCAGAAAUUUUCAAAAAGAUUCAAACCCUUAUUGCUGCCGGUAUUAUCAAGACUGGUUACAAAUAA